UGUGUGGUGUAGUUGUGUUAUGUGUAUGUUAUUUACUUAUUUAGACAAAAUAUCAAACCGAUCAACCAUAGCAAAUUAAAAUUGAGGUUAAGUGAGUUUCAUUUGGGAUUUUAUUGGAAGUUAUGUUUACAGUUAUAAAUUGUAGCCACAAAAAUGCCGGCAUUAACUUUAAAGGAUCAAGAUAAAAUUGCUUGGGGAUGGGUUGAAGUAACAGACCCCAAAGAAAUAUCUCCAGAAAACAUUUUCUCUGCCUACAGACUAACAAAAAACUCUUGUAAGAACAAGACAUGCAAGAGGAAUUGCCGAGGAAAUCCUUUCUGUUUAUCAGGCUUGGGCGAAGCUCGUUUAGCAGAAAACCUCAACAGUUCUGCGGAAGACACAAACAACACGCUUCAAAGAAGGGCGGUCGGAAGUUUUGUUGGUUUAAAAAACCUAGGAGCAACAUGUUACGUUAAUAGCCUUCUUCAACUAUGGUUUCAUAACAAAGCCUUCAGAGAUGCAAUAUUUUUGUGGAACCCUCUGGAAGAUCCAGUUGAACGGAACAACCCAACAUUGUUAACGGACGAUGAGUUGUUCGUUCCGCAAACAGUGGUUGGUCAUUUGCAACAGUUGUUUGCUCUCAUGUACCAUAGCAAGUGUCGCUAUAUUGAUCCUUCACCUCUUGUCGAGUCGCUGAGGCUAGACACGUCAACACAACAAGAUGCUCAGGAGUUCUCCAAAUUGUUUAUAUCAUUGCUUGAAAAUGCCUUGAGACACCAGAGUUUGCCCAGUUUACAGAACCUUGUCAGUGAUAACUUUAGAGGAGAAUACUGCUAUGUAACAAGGUGCUGCAAGUGCUUGACAGAGUCAGUGAGCCCCUCCAUGUUUUACGAGCUAGACCUGAACGUGAAGGGUCACAACACGUUGGACGAGUGUUUAUCAGAGUUCCUGCAGCAGGAGAGACUUGAGGGAGCGGACUGCUACAGCUGCACGGUGUGUCAGACCAAGCAGGAGGCUGUGCGCUUCAUCAAGCUGCGGUCACUUCCACCCGUGUUGAACCUGCAACUGUUGCGGUUUGUGUAUGACAGAGAGAAGGGGCAAAAGAAGAAACUGAAAACUGUGAUCCAAUUUCCUGAAGUGUUGGAUAUGAAAGAAUUUUUUGAGACGGACAAAGAGUCUAUAGUUUACAACCUAAGCGCUGUGCUUAGCCACAAGGGGACUAGAGCAUCAUCUGGACAUUUUAUUGCCUACAUAAAGGACAGUGUAUCUGGAACUUGGAAUACGUUUAAUGACGAAUGUGUUGAAAAACUCGAAGGGAAGAAGCUGAAACUUGAUGAAGAAGAUCCAGAAAGCAAUAAGAAGGUGAAGCUUCCAAGGUUGCCCAAAGGGUUUCAAGGCUCCACAGAUGCCUACAUGUUGGUGUACACUGUGGAUCAACGCAAGUCUAACUUGACUGAAGUGCCACUGCCUGCCAGGCUGCAGAGCUAUGUUAACUCUAAGAAUAAAGAAUUUGAUGACUUCUGUGACGAAAUCGAAUCCAGCAAGCAACUAGGGAUGGUGAAGAAGGAGGAAUUGUUGGACAUGUACAGAUGUUUACCUGUAGACGGUGUGACUGACUUGGAGGAGAUUGAUGCGAUAUCCACCGAUUGGCUCAUGUCUUGGCUGGAAGGCGGCGAGGGGAACUCGCAUCAGAUAGACAACAUCAAACUGCUGUGUCCUCACCAAAAGCUAGAUCCUUGCGCCGUUACACAAGCCAAGUUCAUCUCAGCUCGAACGGCAGAGUUCCUGUAUGAUCAGUACAUCGGAGGCCCUCGUUUAAACAUGUCACAAUCGAUUUGUGAAGAAUGCGUCGUCAACUUCUGCACAGUUCUCAGGUUAAAGGCCAAAACUCUGGAUGAGAGUAAAGAGGUCACAAAUUUGUUGAAGAAGAGAAUGGGAGUGGACGAACCUGGGUUCUAUGUAAACAAGUACUGCAUAAAAACCUGGCGCACCAAAGUGCUCAAUAUGGUUGAAGUCAAACAAUCCUCUUCCAGCAAAAUGUCCAACAGAUUAUCUUCUCCGAACGGUGAAGCUUCAGAAGCCCAGACUGAGGAGAACUCUUCUUUACAGACCCAUCCAGAGAACAAAGUAUCCAAUGAAACGGAAGAAACAAAGAAGGAAAUUACCAACUGUGAAGGUAAAAAUUCAUCUCCAAAAAAAAUUCAUAGGAAAAAGAAUAUAAUCCGGAGUGCAAUGUUACGUAGACGAAAAACUGAUCAAAAUGUGACUGUGCCUUUAAGUGAAAUAAAAGAGUGUUUUGUUCUUUGUCAAAAGCUCCAUGUGAGGCUAAACCAAACGAACAAUUCACCUAAGACUUUUGAACAUAGCCUGCUCAGUCAGUGUAGACAAUUAGUAGUUAAACUUAGAAGAUUAGCCACACCACUCAAGAAUCCAAUCGGAGUUAAUUGUCGCAGAAGAGUUUCUAUUGAUAGGCACAAUAGAAGUACUCAAGUAGAUAGAAAAUGUAAUGUAGAGAAGAAAGAAACUUGUGAGGAAAAUACUCAGCCUGUUAAUAAUGAUAGAAAUUUUACAGUAAAAACUGAAGAUGAGGAAGGAAAUAAAACAGAGGACGAAUCAGACUCAAAUAUAGGAUUUAACGAAGCUAUCGUCUGCCCUCAUGGUAAUUUGUCCAUUGAAGAAACAGACAGAAGGCUAGUUCCUGUCCGUGUGUGGGAAAUCUUGCUACAGUAUUUUCCGUCAGCACCUGCCUUCCCCAGUGGGUCCCGGCCUUGCGACCUAUGUCAGCACUUGGCAUCCAGAGAUGAAGUUGUUAAACAACAAUACCAUGACACAGCUGUCAAUCAGAAGAAAACAUUGCUAGACUUGUUCCAGCUGAGAAAUAGGCCGGUGCUUGGCAAAACUGAAGAACCUGUCUAUGUGCUGUCAAAAGAACACUUUUACCAGCCAUGGUGUUCCUUCCUUAAGUGCAUGACCAGACAGGACGGCAGGACGCUAGUAGAGCCGCCAGUCACACUAAAGGUAGAUGCACUGUUAUGUGUCCAUGGUCUGUCACACUUUAGCCCAGGCUACGACGAGGACCAAGAGAAAUUGGUGUUUGUCACCAAGCAAGAGUGGGAUAUACUGACCGGACUGUACACUACAGACCACGUGGUCACCGUCAACGUCGACUACAGCACCAACCCAGAACUGUGUCAGGACUGUUUUGAAGCACGCCUCGAAAACGAGCACAAGGAGAAGUUGAACUAUGACAGAGCCAAGUUGAACAUUCGCCUGGUGCCCUCCACGACGAGUAUGGACGAUGAGAGUGUCAGGUCGUACGGGUCUGAAGGGUCAAACCACUCCGACGGGCCAAUAAAGAAAAAGCCAAGAGUUGAAGGAUCGACUUCCCCCAUUCCUCCAGAACUAAAGAAAGCUAUGAAGACCGCGAUGCCACCCGGAGACGUACGGAGGAGCUCUCGCAACCGCAAGAUACCGGGACAGAAGAAUGUUCAAUUCACGGUGUCGUCUUCGCUGACUCUGCGGGAGCUCAAACAGAAGAUCACCAGCCAGCUGGCUGUGGCGCCGUUUGACCAACAUCUUCGCACUUUGGAGGGAAAGGAGCUGAGUGGUGACUACAGCACCCUCUCUGACUUUGGCAUCUUACCCAACUCUACGCUACUGCUACAGAUUGACGAGCCCAAGGAGAGUUUCGACGACGUGAUGGAGGAGUGUAGCACACCGACUGAGCCUGAAGCGGGAUUUAAAGGGACUGGACUUCUGCAGGCGUAUUAGUUGAUCGUGCCUGUAACCUAGCUACAAAGUCUAGAAUGAUUGACUCCAAAUGCCUUACUUAGGUCAAAAUAUUGUUUGGUUACCUCCAAAUUACGAUAAAUUGUAAUAUAAUACUGCUAAUCUAAAUGACAUAGCAUUAAAAUUAAUGUACAGUGAGGCGUGUGAUGGAAGAUUCAUCAAAACCUUUGUAAAAGUCUGUGCAAAAAUAUAACAGUUGUGGAUUAAUAAAAAAUAAUGUUUUACAUAUACAUUACAGUAUUUGUUCAAAGGUGUUUUUCUUUGGAAGUUGAUAUGUUGGUCUUAAUUUUGUAGAUAUUGUUGAUUUUUCAUAAUUAAAAUAAUAUGAAAUAGUCGAUAGAAUUAUCUGUACAAAGUGGAAUAUAUUUUUCUAAAAUGUGUAUAGGUUAAGGGAACCAAUUAUUUGUACCUAUGCAAUUAGGCUAAGAUUCGUCUAUUUUGAACAAAAUGAGAACCAUUAUUAUAAAAGAUAUUUAAAACAUAU